AUGGCCCAGAGCUUGAAAGUGCCGAUGCUCCGGUGGUCUUCCCGACUGCCCGUUCUGAAGUUGACGCUGAGCGAGGGGGGCGACCGGCCUCCCAUUGUGUCCGAAACGUUGCCACGCGAUUCGGCUGGCCAUCGUGCUGCCGGCGCCGAGCCCGUUGAUGGCCAACGUAGGUUGGGAAUAUUUAUCUUUUGUUCGCACGGAGCUGUUAAGAAUGUUAUUUUUAAAGAGGAAAAGCGUUUUCAGGAUCUCUCCCGCCACUCCCAGUGGGAAGCCGCCCUCUGCCGCCCUUCUCCGCCACAGGGGCGGGGGGAGGGGUGGGGUUGGUCGCCGAGUCCCGCCCUCUCCACCGAUUGGUUGGAGGACCGAGCGCUGCCGCACCGUUCCUCCCGGUGCUCCGGUUGGCGAUUGGUCGCGCACCCGUCACUCCAUGGCACGCCGCCCGUCACGUGGUCCGCAACAGGGGGUUGGGGGGGCUGCUCUCUCCGUGCUCGAAGGAGCCGCUCAGUCCGCCGCCAUUCAGGAGGCGCUCCUGCGCCCGCUCGGGAGACCACUCAACCUGUCGCACUGGUCCACCCCACCCCCCCUCUCCCAGGCGGGGUUCAUCAAACCGUGACUGAGCUCCGGGACUCCGUAACAUUCCUUCAGGAUGGAUCUGCCAGAGGCUCCCACCACAGAGGGGAAGGAGCGGGAGGAGGAGAACCCCACCACAGCAGAGGGGAGAUUGUCUGCCUGGCGUCAGUGGUCGCACAACCAGGACUUGUGAUCUGCACCAGCUGCUCGUACGACCAUCCACCACCUGCUCCCAUGGCUUCACAUGACCCUGAUCGGGGGCUAAGCAGGUGCUCCACCUUGCCCAAGGGUGACCUGCAGACUAGUGGAGGGAAAGAACAUCUUACCUACCCGUUGGCAGAGAUACACCUCCACCGCGACACCGGCAUUGAGCAAACUGGGGAGCUGGAUCAGUACUGCAUCUGGAAUUGGGGGAGACGCGGAACUGAUAUCUGGAGAAUACUCAGAGCUGGAGCACACCCAGAAGCUGAAAUGGAGUCAGCUGUUUCCAGGAGACGGAGAGAGGGCUGGGGUUCUCGACAACCACCACCUCUGGUUAGCACAGCUUGACCUGGGGGUGGUGUGGGGGUUUCAGAAGUCAGAUAUUGACCACGACGCCCCAGUCAUCGGCAACGUCUCUCAGUCCCCGAGUCAGUUCAUGUCUCGGGCAUGAAGGUUGAACUAUUGGGUGGGUGCCCCCCACACUACCCCUUCCCCCAAUCACCUGGGGUCAUGGGGCUGGACGCAGCAGGGGCCUGCUGGUGCUCAACCCUUCAGACUGUUAUAUGGGUGGGGGACACGAGGUGCACAACACAAUGCCAAUCAUGGUGGUUGUUUACUGAUCGGGAUGGAGUCCUGACAUGCAGAGGCAUCAACUUCUCUUCAUUGUUGCUGGGUCAAAAUUGUGGGUUUGCCACACCCCACACAACACAGGGGACGAAUCCUGUGGUGGGACAACCAGCUUUACUACAGGCAGCCCAGGACUACUGCCAGCUUUGAAUCAACAGUUUAUACGGAUUUAAAAGAUAAAGUGUUGGAUUUCACGGGGAUGUGUGUUACGAGGGAAGGGGAGAGGUUUAAAGGGCACCAAUGGAGAACACGGUGGCGACUUUGAGGACCACCAAGCCAUUUUAGCCUAACCUCCCCCAACCCAUGAUAUUCUGACCUUGUGUAGCAUUACGAUACACUGAUUCAUUGUGAGAAUUUGUUAACCUCGACUCGCUAUUAAAUCAAUCAUGUGUACUCUCAUCUCUGUGGUGAGCCACCAUUCUU